AUGAGCGCACGUUUCAAACUUAUUACUGGUCUAACAAUUGUCAUGACUUCUUUGCCAAUGUUAUACUUCUUGAAAUCAAAUAACGAUUUUUUAACAUUAACUACAUCUGCAAGUGAUUCUACAAUAUCAGCUGUUCAUGAAAUAUUUUCCUGUAAUAGUUGGAAGAAUCUUUCAUAUAUUGACGUUCCAAAAUAUAAAAACUGCUUAAAACAGAGUCGAAAUGAUCAAUUUUGGACUGUUCACGGACUACGUCAUACGUCUUUUAAAAAUUUAUUAAAUUCUUCGUCACUCAUUAUCGAAGUUGGUGGAAAUACUGGACUUGAUACAUCUCAAUUUAUUACACUGUACAACCCUUCAAUAAUUAGUUUUGAACCGAUAGUAGAAAUGUCAAAAGGACUCGUAGAAAAAUUUAAAACAAAUCCAAAAAUUGAAAUUCAACCUUACGGACUUGGUAGUCAAGCAAGAAAUGUGUCCAUUGAACUAUUUGACACUGAUAAUGCUGGUACAAGUAUUUUUCGAAAAUUAUCCUUAAAAAAUUCAGCGAAUAUUCAAACAAUUCAGUUGCUCAACGUAGUACAAGUUAUUGAAAAUAUUCGCAAUACAAGAACACAAAAUGGUAUCAUUGAUAUGAUUAGUAUAAACUGUGAAGGUUGUGAAUUCGAAAUUCUACCUGCUCUUAUUCAUAGUAAUAUGAUAAAAUAUUUUCGUAUUAUACAAUUUGGAUCACAUAUGAAUUUUUUAAGUGGAUCAUCAUGUAUUUACUGUCAGAUCGAACAAUCACUAGAACAAACUCAUGAAAUCGUAUAUCACUACGUUAUGUUAUGGGAAGCUUGGAUAUUAAAGAAUAAAAUAGAAAAUUAA